CCCAGCGCUGAUUCCCAAACUGUUUAUCGAAUUUUGUCGUUUUUUACACCUGACUUUUCGUUAUUUCGUUUAUAUAUUUUCUGUUUUGAAACAUGCUGAAAUUCCUCCGAGGAGGCCUGCGUCGAGUCUGUUGUUCUGACGCAAAGAGGCCUCCCCUUGGUCGACUGAGUGACAUAACGAGAAUUUGGUUUUCACCACUGCCCGCUAAAUCAAAAUGGAUUCAACCAUGCAGCGUUAAUUACCUGGAAAACGAGCUACAGAAGGAGACGCACGUUGUUAAAGUACUGGACGGUGUCUUGGUGGUUCUAUAUAACAAGUCUAGGGAUAAAUUGAUUUUUGUACGGCAAUUUAGGGCUGCGGUAUACCAAGGUCGGCUGAGCUGCCAACAGCCAAAAAUACCCAGGGGUGACGUGGAUCUGCAAAAGUUCCCGCCAGAGAUGGGAAUCACGCUGGAGCUGUGCGCGGGCCAAGUCGACAAGGACAAGAGUCUGGAGGAUAUAGCACGGGAAGAGAUUCUCGAGGAAUGCGGUUACGAUGUGCCCGCCGACGGCCUACAGAAGGUUUUUCAGUACAGAUCCGGCGUGGGUAUUUCCAGCGGCGGACAGGCUUUGUUCUAUUGCGAGGUGUGCGAUGAACAGAGAGUGUCCGCGGGCGGGGGCGUAGACAAGGAGGUAAUACAGGUCGUGGAGUUGUCGCUGGAUGAGGCCAGGCAGCUGGUCCGAACAGGCAAUAGGACAAACGGCGGACCAGCGCUGCUUGUGGGCGUAAUGUGGUUUCUGCUCAACAAAGCACCAAAAUCUUCGUAACGACAUUCAAAUAUCAGUGUGACCAUGCCCCGUAUGGAUUUAAAUGUCAUAAAGCUUGCUCGCAACUGACAUAUGUUGAGUCGUU